AGUCGUUUGUUGACAAAAUUGUAACGGUUGAUUGCGUAGAAUUUAAAUUGAUGAACUUUUUUUUAAAUGCUACAGGUUACAGUUUUUUUAUGAAAGAAUUGAAGCAGCAUUUUUUCUAGUUGUUGAAAUUGUACAAAGCUUGUUGUUGUUAUCCGGAUUAUCCUAGAAUUCCAGCGCCAGCGAACAGCUUCGUUGGCAGAAAAUCGUUUGUAAACAGCCAGGCCAAUAGGUAUAAAUAAUCAAAUUAAAUUGCAAAAUGUAGAGCAGUCCCCGAGGGGCGGUUUAUUCCGCUGAUAGUCGAAAGGUCAUCACUCCGUUUUGUUUUGUAGUUUAUUUAAAUCCCUCCAAUCAGCAUUCGCUGCCUACACGAUUAGCUUAAGUCGCUUGAGUGUUCAGUUCUCUUCUAGCAGCGAUCCAGUUCAAACGUGAUGCGAUCUUUCUCUACGGUGGCCAUUCUGUUGGCCUGUCUCGGGUGCCAAGUUUACGGCGAUCGCAGCUUCUGGCGUGGGAAAAAGUUCUCGCAGGAUGGUCCCAGCCGGAACGCGCUGCUGCGGGAGGUGUCCGGUGACGUGAAAACGCUUUGGUUCGACCAGCUGCUGGACCACAAUGACCCCACGAAUGCGGCCACCUGGAAGCAGCGGUACUACGUGAACGAUGCCUACUUUGAUGAUCGGACGAGCGGGCCGGUAUUUCUGAUGAUUGGCGGCGAGGGAGAGGCCACGGCACGCUGGAUGAACGAAGGGGCUUGGAUUCGGUACGCCAAGGAGCACGGAGCGUUGUGCUUCCAGCUGGAGCAUCGAUUCUACGGGAAGAGUCACCCGACGGGGGAUUUGUCCACGGCGAAUCUGGGUUAUUUGACGUCGGAGCAAGCGCUGGCCGAUUUGGCGUAUUUUGUUGAGGCCAUGAACGAAAAGUAUCAGUUGACGCAGCAGAAUCGGUGGAUCGCUUUUGGGGGUUCCUAUCCGGGAUCGCUGGCGGCGUGGCUUCGUGAAAAGUAUCCAUAUUUGGUGCAUGGUUCCGUGAGUAGCAGUGGACCGCUGCUGGCCAAGAUCGACUUCAAGGAGUACUUCCAGGUUGUGGUCAACUCCCUCCAAAGCUACUCGCCGCAGUGCGUCGAAGAUGUGCGCAACGCCAUGGGACAGGUCGAGACUCUGCUCAAGCACAUGAUCGGCCAGCGUAGCAUCAACGAAAAGUUCAAACUGUGCGAUCCGGUGGAAAAGUCCAUCUCCAACUCGCUGGACAUUGCCAGCCUGUUCGAGGCCGUCGCCGGCAACUUUGCCGGGGUCGUUCAGUACAACAAGGACAACAGUCCCCAUGCCAAGAUCACGAUCGACCAGAUUUGCGACGUCAUGGCGAACCAAAGUCUCGGAGCGCCCGUUUCCCGGCUGGCCGCCGUCAACGAGAUGGUCAUGACGCAGGACGGAGUCAAGUGUUUGGACUACGUUUACGACAAGACGGUUAAGCAAAUGCAGAACACUUCCUGGGAGUCGGAUGUGGCCAACGGCGCGCGUCAGUGGACCUACCAGACGUGCAACGAGUUCGGCUUCUACCAGACUUCCGACAAGCCGGAUCUCGUCUUUGGUGAUCGCUUUCCGGUGGAAUUCUUCGUCCGACAGUGCACCGAUAUCUACGGUAAGAAGUUCGACGACAGAACGCUCGAUCGUGCCGUGUACCGCACCAACACCAACUACGGCGCGUUGAAUCCCUCGACGACCAACGUCCUUUACGUGCACGGCUCGAUCGACCCGUGGCACCGGCUGGGAUUGACCGAAAGCAACGACAUCAACACGCCCACGAUCUUCAUCGAAGGAACCGCCCACUGCGCCAACAUGUACGAACCCAAGGACGACGACUUCCCCCAACUCAAGAACGCACGCGUUCAAAUCAAUAGCUUUAUUGAGCGUCUUCUGCAACAAGACUUGGAUUAGAUCAUUCACAAAAACAAAAACUUAUCUCAAAUAGCAAAAUAAAUAAAAUUCUACUCAAAAA